AUGUCACGACAAUGCGUAUCGGAGGAUGAGCGAACCUCGCUCCUGUUGCGAAUUCGUGUCAUUGCAUACGGUUAUCCCCAGCCGCUAAUGACGCCAGAACUAAACCAGAUAGCCAUGUCGAUGGAUCCGCGUGAUGUUCACCAUCCAACCUUGGAGUCAUGUGCCGACGGAGUCGAGAUGAUGAAUGAACUUAUGAUCGAAUGCCCCUUCGUUGACAAGUUGGGUCAACGCUGGAGUCCUGUUGGGGAAGUGCCGAAGACUCUUGUUGCCGAUGUCCUCAUGGAGAACAUCAUCCUGCCCGUCAAGGCAAAGCACAAUAUCUGUGUGUUUGUGUGGUGGGUUGGAAACAUCGCAUCUUUCACGCGGAUGUUUGCUCCUCUGAAGCACGGUGGACGGGUGGAGGGUUACGCCCAUGAAUGUGACGCGAUCUUUGCCGAUGAGGAAAGGCGGAAUGGCCGGUCUUUCGACGACAUUGCUCGUGAUAUGUGGAUUCGAGACCAUCGCGUCCCUGGGGAUCUGAUCCGCCUCGCCGGCUUGCCUCCAUACUUCCAAUGGGAAGAUUUCCCGCAGAAUAUCUGGGACCCAUCGAUUUACUCGUCCCUUGUUGGAGGAGGCAAUCUGGUCGAGGCCGCGGAUGGUUUCAUGUUGCAUACUGUGGAAGAGCUUGAGAUGGAGGCACACAAAGACAUGAUACAAUGGGCUCAUCUUCGUCCUGUGCUUUGUAUUGGUCCUCAACUUCCGGCCGUUCUGUUGUCUGAACAUGCCCGGAUCUACGCUGAAGCUCUUGCCAGGCUGGAUGUCCACUAUCAUGCAUCCCUUGUCGUUGGUGCCGAUCACGGUCACUCGAAUAAUGAGACUACUAGUUCGGGCAACGAACGCCACACGGUGGACCCUACGAUUGCUUUUCUUGAUAAAGCACUCAUCGGGUAUGGCCCUCACAGCGCACUCUACAUAUCAUUUGGCUCGGUCUUCUUCCCGUCUGAAGCACACACAAAGGUACUAAUUGAAACAUUGCUGAACUUGGAGAACCCCAUGCCCUUUAUCGUCACCGUUUUGAGUGGAAAUUUUCCGGAGAUGCUGAAGGCCGCUGUGGAGCAGAGUGGGCGCGGAUUGGCUGUUUCUUGGGCCCCGCAGCAGGCGAUACUGUCUCAUCCUGGCAUGGGGUGGAUGCUCACACACUGCGGCGGCGGGGGGACGUUUGAAGCUCUGUCUGCAGGUGUACCCGUUAUCGCUUGGCCUUUUAUGGGUGACCAGCCGCAGAACGCACUGUCGGUCUCGCAAGUGUUGGACACCGGAUUCGACCUAUUGCAGAUUCGCACCGGCGCUCCCGGAUCGCCUGCACUUCGUGACGAUAUCAACGCUGGUGGUACCACGAUUCUUGGCACAGAAGAGGCGAUCAAGAGCGAGCUCCGUGAUAUACUGGAACGUGCGCAGGGCAAAGAUGGCGCGAGGAAGAGGGAGAACGCACAGAAGGCCAAGGCUGUUAUCCUGAAUGCCGUCAAUCAAGGCGGAAGCGCACACAAGGCGUUCGGAGAACUUGACUUGCUACUGUGA